UGCGACACGUGUAUGGUCAGUUUUCUCAUUUAGCUUAUAAAUUUGGGAGCUUCAUCUUCCUUCAAUAUCAUUCACCCUAUCGAUCAAAUUGGUUAAUUAUCUUUGAGAUUUAUUUCGGUCUUUCUUUGAACUUUCUCGAGAAAAUGUCUUGCUGCGGAGGAAACUGUGGUUGUGGAUCUGCUUGCAAGUGCGGCAACGGAUGCGGAGGUUGCAAAAUGUACCCAGACUUGAGCUUUGCCGGCGAGACGACCACGUCUGAGACCUUGGUCUUCGGCGUUGCACCGGCGAUGAAGAACCAGUACGAGGCUUCCGGCGAGAGUAACGCUGAGAACGAUGCUUGCAAGUGUGGAUCUGACUGCAAGUGUGACCCUUGCACCUGUAAAUGAAUAAACCCUUAUUAAAAGGCAGAGAGUAUCGAGUCUUUAAUUAAGUAAUAAUAUAACCCUAAUGGUGGUUUAGGUUUGGUUUAUUGUGUAAUAACGGCUGCAGCCCUGUCUUUUGUAGACGAUCAUGGUUUUCGUCUGUGUUUUGGUCAUAUUUAGAUGUCUCUGCCAUAUGUGACCAUAGUGAUGAGUCGGUUUGUAAUUUAUGGUAUGAAGUUUAAUGAUAAACAAAAUCGUUUUAUUUAAUUCUCUUUGCUC